AUACAGUUAGAUCCCGCCUCCCUGGCGGCUCCACGUCUGCCACAGUUUUCCCAGGACCCCAGAGUCCAGGCCCCAUCCCCCUCCUCCCUGGGACCCUGGAUCCUCGGCCGAGACAAAGACCCCAGGCCGAGCCCAGUGGCGCUGCGGCGUUCAGGACCCCCGUAGGCCAAAAUGCCAGCCCAGCUCUCCCCCAUGUGGCCAGACAAAGGGACGGAGAAGCCGGCCUCCUGGCCAGCCCCGCAAUGUGGCACCCGCUGGUCCUGCUGCUGCUGCUCCGCUCUGCCUCCGUGCCCCCCUCCACUGCAGCCCCCAUCCGCGAUGCUGACGCCCUGGAGAGCUCCUCGGGUUUUCUGGGCCUCCAGAGCCUUCUGCAUAGCUUCACCCGGCUUUUCCUGAAAGAUGACCUGCUGCGGGGUGUGGACAGCUUCUUCUCUGCCCCCAUGGACUUCCGGGGCCUCCCCAGGAACUACCACCAAGAGGAGAAACAGGAUCGCCGGCUGGGGAACAACACUCUCUCCAGCCACCUCCAGAUCGACAAGGUGACCGACAACAACACGGGAGAAGUGUUGAUCUCCGAGAAGGUGGUAGCAUCCAUCAAACCAGUAGAAGGGAUCUUGGAGGGUGACCUGAAGGCACACAAGAUAGAGGAGAAGGAGGCCGUGGUGCCUGUCCCGAAGGCCCUGGACACCUUCCGCCAGGAGCCCCGUCCCCGAGUGGCCUUCUGGAUCAUGAAGCUGCCACGGCGGAGGUCCCGUCAGGAUGCCCAGGAGGGCAGCCGCUGGCUCAGUGAGAAGCGACACCGCUUGCAGGCCAUCCGGGAUGGGCUCCGCGAGGGGACCCGGGAGGACGGCCCGGAAGAGGGGACCCAGAGUUCCUCCCACUUCAAGCUGCCCCCUCGGAAGACCCACUUCCUGUACAUCCUCAGGCCCUCCCAGCAGCUAUAGGGGUAGGGACCGGGGAACACCUGCAUGUACCCCCCGCAACAGACCCCACCCCAAGCACCACAUGGAAAUAAAGUUUUUUUCUUACAUCUA